AUGAUUGGGAAAAUUAACAAUGAAGGUGAAUAUCCUAAAGUAUCCUAUAAUUGUGAAUCCUUAUUAUAAUAAACAGCGAAAAUAGAAUAGGUGCAAUUUGAAAAAUAGAAAGGAUAGAAUCAGGCUGAAUAAGAAAAUGAUUGUAUUCUUUAGAUUCGUAAUUAUAAAAACAAUGAAAAAUAAGGAAGUGGUCAAUCAUAAGUAGAUGUAAUAUAUAAGUGCUAUUCAAAUAUUAAAUCAUUUAAAGAGAUCUUAGAGGAAUCAUCAAAUGAAAUUGGAGAUAAAAUGAGAUAUUUUUAUCAAUUAAUAGAGUUGACAAUCGCUCAUAAGAAAUAACAGAUUACUCAUCUCAAUAUUAAACCUUCCAAUGUUAUAUUAUAUAAUGGUAGAUUUUAUCUAAUUGAUUUUGGAUACUUAAAAGAUAAGCCUGCCGAUUUUGUAAUUUGUUUAAACUACAUCAAAUACAAAGAACAUAAUGAUGAACAGAAAAGAAAUUUAUAUCCCUAUUUAAAUGAUUAAUUAUUGACAUAUAUUAAAGAAAAUACGAAUGAAUCAAAGUAAAAAUUUGAGAAAAUGUCUUAAGAUGCCGUCCAAAAGUAAGAUAGAUACGCAUUAGGAGUUAUGAUGUUAGAGUUAUUUGUACCUUUCAAAAAUAUAUAUCAAAAUUUUGAAAUAGAUACUUGUGUUGAUUAAGCAAAAAAUAGGAAAAUGCAGUUAGAGAAGAUCGGUGAGAGCUUUGAAAAUUCUGGAAAAAGCGUUGUUGAUAAAAUCAAAAAUAUUAUUUCGUACCUUCUAUUUAAAGGUGAGCUUCCACCUGAUAAAGAAGUUUCUGAAUUAAAAGAACAAUUCGAAGAAUGUCAAAGAAGCCUCAAAAAUUAACAAAAUCUAAAUUUAUCAAUUGUUUCUUUGUAGGAUAGUGAAAGUGAUUAAUUAAUUGGAACGCAUAAAAAAAUAAAUUCAGAAUAACCAUAAAUAACUCUAAAAGAAAUAAUGGAUCCAAAUAAUGGAACUUAUGUUUAAGACCUUAUCGAUUAAAAAAUAUAUUAGUUUGAUCCUAAUUUAUUUUAUUAUUUAAAUAAACAAGACUUAGUAGAUUAUUGUAGUAAAAUAAGGAAUUUACAAAACUUUAAACAGAAUGAAAAAGCAAAGAUUCUUAAUAGGUACCACAGUCAUUAUUAGGAUAAGGAGUCAAAAAAAUUUAAUUUAACUAAAAUGGAUGAUGAGGAUAUAUAUUAUAUAUUUCAUUCUAUUGGAACGGAUUAAGACAGGUUUGAAGAGAACAUUUAGGAAUAAAUUGAAAAAUUAAAUUCUAUUGAUCCAAAAGAAUAUAAGUUUAAUUAAAUUAAUAAAGGGCUAACAGGAUAACCUUAUAAAAAAGAGUAUUAAUAAGAUAUACCAAUACAAUAUAAAGAGGAGAUAGAAUAAAAAUAGAAUAUAGAGCAAGCUAAAAACGACUUUGAAAAAAUUUUAUAGAACAAAAUUCCUAAUAUAAUGCGCUUUUUAGAAUAUAAAUGUCUAUUAGAUAAAGAAUUAAAAUAUGAAUUUGAAUUUACGAAAGAUGAAAAUACAGGUUUUUUAUCUGCAAAAGAGAAAAAAGAAUAGAAAUAUUGGAAUAUUUUUAAGAACACAGAAGAAUAAAAAAAAUUAUUUAUUGGAAAAGUCAAAUGUGACCCCUCCGAAGAUUUUUAAGGGAGAGUUAUUGAAGAAACGAAGUACUAAAUUUUAGAUUAUAACAAUGUAACAUAUAACCUCAAAUAGGAUAAAUAUUCUGGUAAGGGUGUUGAAGUGUUUAUUUAUAAUAAAUUCAUAUUUUAGUUGACUUAAUUUUAUAAAGGAGAUCUAGAAGAUAAUAAAUAUCACGGGGAAGGUUUCAUUAAAGAUUGGAUAAAUAAUUAUGAGUAUGAAGGUAACUGGAAGUAAGGCAAAAAGGAUGGAAAGUAAGGAAAAUUAAAAAUAAUAAAUACAGAGGUCUUACUAUAAAAUGAAUUUUCAGAACUUUCGGAUGUAAUCUAUUCAGAUGAUUAUUUAAAAUAUGGAAAAAUUUCUGAAAGUAAGGAUCAAUAAAAAAAACCAUUGAAAAUAAAUUUUUAUUUUUACGAAACUUUGAAAGUAUACAAUUGCAAUGAGAAAUAUUUUAUGAAUUUUGACUGUUCUAAAUUUUGUAAAAUAUUAGGUAGUUAGUUUGCUGAUAAGCUUCGUAUCGCCAAGAAUUCACUUUGCAAUUGUAAGAAAGCCAGGUGAAAAGAGAUGAAUAAUUCAAAUUGAAUUAUAAAUAAAA